GUGUACGGGGCCAAAUUCGUUGAAUCACCAGCAUGGAACCAGAUAAACGUGGAAAAUAAAGCGGAGGCUAAGCGUAUAUUCAACGCGGGCAUUAUUCAGGACUGCCAGAGAAUGUGUGUAGAUGAGGAGCAGUUUGCCUGCAAAGCUGUGAGCAUGUGCGGAACCAAUUGCGUCCUUCUCGACACUCAUCUAGAGGAAAUGAACAAGACCAAUACCAUCAAAGACACGUCGUGCGUGGGCUACAGCCGAAUCUACACCGAUGGUUACCAGAUGUUUCCUGGUCAGAUAGACAGAGGCAAUGGAACAAAAUUGGCUAAUAUUUCCACGGUCGAAGUCUGUGCAGCGAGAUGCGAUAACUAUAUAGUGUUCAACUGUCAGUCCUUCGAAUACUGCGAGGUGGACAAAAACUGCUGGCUUCACAAAGUGCACGGAUUUGACGUCACAUCCUGGAACAAUGCGUCGGAGAACUGCGUUCACUAUUCACGAAACUUCUUGAGUUCGUUCCCAACAGAUUACCGCGCGGCGACUGCGCUAUAA